AGAUACGUGAUACCCGUGCGGUGCCGUUUAUACGGUCAGUCUGAUAAUAUUGGCGUCCACUGAAUGACGAUUGCACUAAACAGAUGCUCAAAUUAGAAAUACUUAUGUGGACAUCUUUAAAUUACAUAGACAGAAACAAGAAUCUUAUGAACGAAAGCGCACUUCUCUCCAUUGAUUGUGUAGUAAAGUAUUUAUGAUUUUAAAACUUGGCAACGUGGCGACAAAAACACCACUUUGAUGCGGCUCGUCUUAUACCGUAAUAACUAAUUGUGACUUUCAUAUGACGCGACAGGUGACAUUCAGUGCUGUUUUGUAGAUGUUUUGUGGUGGUUGUGUAUUACCAAAAAAGCAACAAACCGAAUUUGAAAAUAUUGCUGAUUUUUCGUUUGAUCUACCAAAAACACUCGAAGUUUAACUCAUUUAUACAACAUAUAAUACUUAAAAUGGCAAGUAGCAGCAAAAAACCUAUCUUUCUAGAUGUGGAUUCAAGUAUAGUGGAGAAAAACCUUCGCUUUGCGGAAGAUCCUACCGAUGAAUUUAAAAAGAUAUUUGAGGAGCCAUUGCCUUAUCCUUCGAAAUUGGUGCAACCAACACCAGGUUUUUGUGUAAAGGCCAGAGAAGUGGCAGGACAAAAAGUAUUUGUGAAUAUCUGCAAAACAGAAGCUAUACCGCCACCAAAAGAAAUAUCUGUAAAAGAAUUGCACGAAAUCAUAACAUCGGAGUGUCCUGGAGAUUAUAGAGUACCAAUGAGUAUUGGAGACGUAAAAUCAGAAAAGGAUAACAAAGGACAACAAGUCAAAGUUAUUGAUGUCGCGAUACAUCCAAGCUUCUUUCAUAAAGUCGAUACAAUUGAGGAGUUCAAGAGCUUCUUUAUAGCUGUGGUAUUUUCUGGGCUAGAAGAUAAAUACAAGAUAAUUUUUGAAGAUGAGAAAAUACUUUUACGAAACAAAAGGGCAUUUGGAAAACUACAGCAACAUAGGAUUCAACAAAGAGAGGUUGCUCAAAAAAUGCAAGAAGCCCCAGGACAAAAGUCACUUAUUAGUGAACUGACAGGGGAAACACCGACAAAGUCUAAGGUGAUGAUAGAGACGAUAUCGAGUACAGAAACUCCAAGAAGAGAACCAAUGUAUAGGUUGUUCAAAAAGAAAGUCGGUCAAAACUGUCUUUAUGGAGAAUUUAAGUUACCUGAUGUGAUUUCUGCAAACGAAGUAACCUUGGACGUCGGUGAAGAUAGAAUUAUUUUGGAGUCAAAAGCUAGAGGCUACCUCUUAGAUAUUUUUAUUCCUUACAUAGUUAAACAAAAGGGUUGCACUUCGACGUUUGAUAGGGCUAGAAAGACAUUGACACUGGUAAUGCCACUUGUUGGGGGAUAAAAGCUUUCUUGGAACGUUUCGUCGCGGUUCGAUAUAAAGUAUAAGUUAAUAUUACGAAAACAUGUAUGCACUGUUAUAAUAUAUAUAUAUAUAUAAUAAUAAAAGAGUGAAAUGCU